GACAUUACCCUCAUAAUAAGUUUUGUAUUUGUAUUUGAAUUUCGAAAAACGUUACAGCUGAAGCCCGGAUCCAAGAUGCCGUUCGAUAAAAACUACACAGAGUACAAGGAGCUGAAAAAAAUUCAAAAGACUAAUACACGCAUGUAUGUUAGUAUUAUAGCCACUGUCAUACCUGGCAUUUUAUUGGGCGGCUAUGCCGGCAUGAAGAUGGCACAGUUCCUCGAAGUGUGCGAUCUGUUCACGCCCGAUACCGUGGAAAAUGAUGACUAGAACCACACAUUGAUCAGGAGUAUUUAGAGCAAACCAGCCGCAUCCUGUCCUCUAUAUGUCUAUGUAUGCUAAUGUGCCGGUUCUAAACAAGCCAAACUGGAUGCUAGAAAAAAAAAAAGAGCAGUCCAGACCGGUAAUU